AUGAUGAAUCAGUUUUGCGAGUUAACCGGAACGUCGAUAACCACGGCAGGGAGAUAUUUGGAAUCUGGUAAUUAUGAUAUAGCAAGAGCUGUUGAUCUUUACUACUCGAAACAUCCUGGUGAGAAACAUGAUUCUGUUGAUCCGAAAUUGGUUGCUAUCUUUGACAGUUACAAGGAUAGCAAUAAUCCCGAUAUAAUUGAUAUAGAUGGUACUAUAAGGUAUCUUGAAGAUUUGAAGAUUGAUCCAGAUGAUCCCAAAUCAUUGACAUUGGCAUUUUUGUUGAAGGCGCCUAAAGUUGGGGAAUUCCAACGAGAUUCGUUUAUUAAUAGCUGGCAGUUUUACAAUAUUACUUCACUAAAAGAGAUGUCUCAAUUUGUUGCUAAUUUCCAUAGGGACAUUUUACAAGGCGUGAAUCUCAAAGAUAUCGAUGGUGAGCCUGUAACUUUUAAAAGAUUAUACAAUUUUACAUUCCGUUUCCUCCUUGAAGCGGAAAAUCAGAAGGUGUUGGAUGUUGCCCUUGCCGUUAGCUACUGGCAAUUGUUGCUUCCUUUGGUCCCUGGUUUUCCCAAUGGCAAUGAAAGUCUACGAUCUAAGAUCAAUGAAAGAAUAUCAAAUUGGUUUGAUUAUUUAAACGCAAAACCAAAAAAGGUAAUAUCGUUUGAUACUUGGUCGAUGUUUUUGCCGUUUUUUCAAGAGGUAAUAAUUACUGAUCCUUACAAAUUAUCCAACUAUGAUGAAAUGGCGGCAUGGCCAAGUAAAAUCGACGAAUAUGUUGAAUAUUUAUAUGAUAACAAUUUCCUACUGUAG